AUGGCGCCCAUCGCUCUCUCCCCCGAGCGGGAUCCUGCCCCUUCGCUGAAGACCGUCUUUGACGAUACCAUCAGAUUCUUCCUCAAUGGCACCCGCGUCGUCCUUGAUGAGAUUGACCCCGAAGUUACGUUGCUGGAGUAUCUGCGAGGAAUCGGCCUGACCGGAACUAAGCUAGGUUGCGCCGAGGGUGGUUGUGGUGCUUGCACAGUGGUUGUCAGUCAAUAUAACCCAACGACCAAGCAGAUAUAUCAUGCCAGCGUCAAUGCCUGUCUGGCUCCACUCGCGAGUAUCGAUGGCAAGCAUGUCAUUACCAUUGAGGGCAUUGGAAACACAAAGAGGCCCCAUCCCACGCAAGAGCGGAUAGCCAAGAGCAACGGAAGCCAGUGUGGUUUCUGCACCCCGGGCAUUGUCAUGAGCUUGUACGCCCUUUUGAGGAACAAUGAUGCCCCUACAGACCAUGACAUUGAGGAGGCUUUUGAUGGCAACUUGUGUCGCUGCACAGGAUAUAGGCCCAUCUUGGAUGCCGCCCAGACCUUCAGUGUUGAUAGAGGCUGUGGUAAAAGCAGCUCCAAUGGUGGUACUGGCUGUUGCAUGGAAAAUGGCAACGGUGCGAACGGCGGCGGCGGCUGCUGCAAGAGCAAGAGUCUCGAUGACGGUCAGCCCAUCAAGAGGUUCACCCCUCCCGGAUUCAUUGAGUACAACCCAGACACUGAGCUUAUCUUCCCACCUACCCUCAAGAAGCACGAGUUCAGGCCUCUUGCUUUUGGCAACAAGCGAAAGACGUGGUAUCGACCAGUUACGCUGUCACAGCUUCUGGAGAUCAAGAGUGUAUAUCCAGAUGCCAAGAUCAUUGGUGGAAGCACUGAAACCCAAAUUGAGGUCAAAUUCAAGGCUAUGAAGUACCCGGUUUCGGUCUUUGUAGGUGAUAUCCCCGAGCUGCGACACUAUAGCUUCAACGAUGACCACUUGGAGAUUGGUGGAAACGUUAUCCUCACAGACCUGGAGAAUAUAUGCCAAGAGGCUAUCAAGCACUAUGGUCCUGCCCGUGGCCAAGUCUUUGCGGCCAUGUACAAGCAGCUCAAGUAUUUUGCUGGACGACAGAUCAGAAACGUUGGAACCCCAGCCGGCAAUCUGGCGACCGCAUCUCCCAUUUCCGAUUUGAAUCCGUGCUUCAUGGCAGCUGACUGCGUCUUGAUUGCAAAAUCUUACGGCAAAACCACUGAGAUCCCCAUGUCGGGCUUCUUCAAAGGCUAUCGGCGAACAGCUCUCGAACCCGACGCCAUUAUCGCUUCGAUUCGCAUUCCCAUCACCAAGGAGAAGGGCGACUUUUACCGCGCUUACAAACAGGCCAAGCGAAAGGAUGACGAUAUCGCCAUUGUCACUGCUGCACUGCACGUGACUGUGGAUGAAAAGGGCACUGUCGAGGGCGCAAACCUGGUCUACGGUGGCAUGGCUCCCUUUACUGUUGCUGCCAAAAAGGCCAAUGAGUACCUCAUUGGCAAGAUGUUGGCUCACCCAGAUACCCUGGAGGGUGCCAUGAACGCUCUUGAGCAAGACUUCAGCUUGGACUUUAGUGUGCCAGGAGGCAUGGCUUCGUACAGACGGUCAUUGGCUCUCAGUUUCUUCUACAGGUUCUACCACGAGGUACUGUCAGAUCUGAAGGUUGAAAGCGCACACGGUGACAGUCAGGCUGUUGAGGAACUCGAGCGAGAGCUGUCAAAGGGCUAUGAAGAUCGAGAAGCAACGGCAGAGUAUGCAAAGGAUACCAUUGGUAAACCCGCAAACCAUGUUGCCGCUUUGAAACAGGUGACUGGUGAAGCCCAGUACACAGACGACAUUCCCCCUCUGAAGAAUGAGCUGUGUGCAGCCAUCGUCUUUUCGACUCGCCCCCACGCCAAGAUCCUCUCGCGCGAUUACUCUGCUGCCUUGGAUAUCCCAGGAGUCGUGGAUGUCGUGGAUAAGGACGAUCUUCACCACAUAAGCGACAACAAAUGGGGCGCCCCCAACUUUGAUGACGUUUUCUUUGCCGAAGAUGAGGUUUUCACGGCUGGUCAACCUAUCGCAGUUGUCCUGGCCACGUCACAAGCAAAGGCAGCCGAGGGUGUGCGAGCAGUCAAGAUUGAGUACGAGAAUCUUCCAGCCAUUUUCACCAUGGAGGAGGCCAUUGAAAAGGAGAGUUUCCACAAGUACUUUAGGUACAUUAAGAAGGGCGAUGUUGAGGAAGCCUUCGAGAAUUGCGACUACACUUUCAACGGUGUGGCCCGUAUGGGUGGCCAGGAGCAUUUCUAUCUCGAGACGAACGCAUGUUUGGCAAUCCCUCACCCCGAGGGCGAGUUUGAAAUCUGGACCAGUAGUCAAAAUCCCACAGAGAGUCAAAUGUUUGCAUCGAGGAUCCUUCAGAUUCCAGCCAACAAGGUAGUCGCCCGCGUUAAGCGUCUUGGUGGCGGUUUCGGUGGUAAAGAAACAAGAUGCGUCUUGCUCAGUACCAUUAUUGCCCUUGCAGCCCAAAAGACCGGCCGUCCAGUCAGAUGCAUGCUGAACCGAGAUGAAGACAUGGUCAUGUCUGGCCAGCGCCACCCGUUCCUCGGCAAAUGGAAGGUUGGUGUGAACAAGGAUGGAAAGAUACAGGCCUUGGACGUUGACGUCUUCAACAAUGCCGGUUGGUCGUUUGAUCUCAGUGCCGCUGUUUGUGAGCGCGCCAUGACCCAUAUCGAUGGCUGCUACAAGAUCCCCAACAUUCACGUUCGUGGCCGCCUUUGCAAGACGAACACAAUGUCCAACACGGCUUUCCGUGGAUUCGGCGGCCCUCAGGGUAUGUUCAUUGCUGAGUCGUACAUGUCGGAGGUGGCAGACAGGCUAGGAAUGCCGGUGGAAGAGUUCCGGAAGAUCAACUUUUACGAAGCAAACGAGCAAACACAUUUCAAUCAGGAGAUCCAAGAUUGGCAUGUGCCACUCAUGUACCAGCAAGUACAAGAAGAGUCGGACUACGACAACAGACGAAAGGCUGUGACCGAGUUCAACGCUACACACAAGUGGCGUAAGCGAGGUUUGGCCUUGAUUCCUACCAAGUUUGGUAUCUCCUUCACCGCGCUUUGGUUCAACCAAGCCGGUGCUCUGGUACAUAUCUACCACGAUGGUUCGGUCCUUGUCGCACACGGUGGUACAGAGAUGGGACAAGGCUUGCACACAAAAAUGUCCAUGAUUGCAGCAGAGGCCCUGAAAGUGCCUCUUGAGGAUGUGCACAUUUCCGACACAUCUACCAAUACCGUGGCAAACACAUCGGCUACUGCUGCAUCUGCAUCAUCUGAUCUCAAUGGCUACGCAAUCUGGAAUGCUUGCGAGCAAAUCAAUGCUCGGCUGGCUCCAUACCGGGAAAAGCUUGGUCCCAGCGCCUCCAUGAAGGACUUGGCACACGCCGCUUAUUUUGACCGUGUCAAUCUGAGUGCCAAUGGGUUCUACAAGACACCUGAAAUCGGCUAUACUUGGGGAGAGAACAAGGGCAAGAUGUUUUUCUACUUUACACAAGGUGUUACUGCCGCCGAAGUUGAGGUUGACUGUCUGACCGGAACAUGGACAUGUCUCCGAGCGGACAUCAAGAUGGAUGUCGGAAGAUCAAUCAAUCCGUCCAUUGACUAUGGUCAAAUCGAAGGUGCUUUCGUCCAGGGUAUGGGUCUCUUUACGAUGGAGGAAAGUUUGUGGCUCCGCAACGGCCCCAUGGCAGGUAACCUCUUUACCAAAGGACCUGGCGCCUACAAGAUUCCUGGUUUCCGUGACAUUCCCCAAGAGUUCAAUGUGCGUCUUCUCAAGGGUGUCACGUGGGAAAACCUGCGCACAAUCCAGCGCAGUCGCGGAGUUGGCGAACCUCCUCUCUUCAUGGGUAGCGCAGUCUUCUUUGCCAUUCGUGAUGCCCUCAAGUCUGCGCGCUCAGACUACGGCGUGACAGCCAAGGAACUCGCAGAAGGUGGCGAUGAUGACGGGAUUCUCAAGCUCGAAAGUCCAGCCACGCCAGAGAGGAUCAGGUUGUCUUGUGUCGACCCAAUCAUGGAGCGGGCAAGAGUCCAGCCAAAGGAAGGAGAGAAGAACUUUUUCAUUGCCAUUUAG